UUGCCAUAGCUCCACAGCAGGUCUAAGGUCUAAAAAGAGAGGGAAACCUACGUAUAGGACAAGUCCAGUCUGGUCUUAAGGGACGUCCCACCUGCGUACUCCCCUUUUCAAGAUCAGCCCCACCCUACACCUCACAUUCCUUUACAAAUACCCCAUCUUAUCACACAGUCUCUGCAUAACACUCAGCAAACAGCAUCUUUAAAACAGGAACGGAAAGAAGAAGCUCAAGAAAAUACCUAAUUUUUCAAUUUUCAACUGCAGCUCAGAGGACACAGAAUAAAGAGAAUGGGAUCUGUUGGAGUUCAGAUUGUCUGCGUGGCCCUCGGGGUUCUCAGCCUGAUCGGGGUCAUCGUGUGCUGCGUUGUCCCUCGCUGGAAAGUGUCCUCCUUUGUGGGAUCCAACAUUGUGACUGCACAGAGCAACCAGGAAGGCCUGUGGAUGGAGUGUGUGGUGCAGAGUACCGGCCAGCAGCAGUGCAAGAGCUACGACUCCCUGCUGGUGUUGCCCUCUGACCUGCAGGCCGCCCGCGCCAUGACCAUCAUCAGCUGCCUGUUCAGCUGCCUCAGCAUCCUCAUCCUGUUCUGCGGCGCCGACUUCACCACCUGCAUAGAGAACGAAGACGCCAAGCCCAAGAUCAGCCUGGUGGCCGGGGUGGGCAUGCUGCUGGCCGGCCUCCUGGUGAUCAUCCCCGUCAGCUGGUCCGCCCACAUCGUCGUGCGAGACUUCAACAACCCCUUGGUGGCCACUUCCCUGAAGAGGGAACUGGGAGCGUGUAUCUUUGUGGGCUGGGGAGCUGGCGUGCUGCUCCUUCUGGCUGGAGGUCUGCUGUGCUGCUUCAGCAGGCCAAAUUCUGGCAGCUCAGGAGGAACCGCCAAGUACUACAGCAACAGCGCCUCCGCCCCUAACAAAAACUACGUGUAGAGCCUAUUUGAAGGGGACUGGUGUCUGAGAAAAAGGAGGGGAGGGUGAUUUAGUAGUAGUAGAUGACAUCAAGGGUUACUUUGAAUGAAAUAGAAGAAGGUUUCUGUAAAUACUGAACAUGUUUUUUUUCUUUCAUAUUCAUUUCAGGUGCUGGGUUUUGCAUAAGCUACUGUAUGUGAAAGUCAAUGUAAAACAAAUGGUACACAGGCUGUAAAUUAGGCUAUAAAUCAAACUCUUUUGUAAUAAGAAUGUUUUAUUUGGGCAGGUUUUUUGCUUUGACAUAUACAUGAUAUCCUCGCUGCAAAAAAUGCAUUUUUUUUUUGUUUUUAUUGAAAUAUUUGAAUCCCACAAGUAGUAUCCAAGAUUAUAAAAAUGUGAAAAGCAUAUUUGUCUAGAGAUAUUAAUCUGAUAAUCUAAACCCUAAACUAAGAAUUUCAAGGUAAAACAAAUGCACUAGUGGGUCAUAUUUGACAUAUAGUUCGGAUCAACCAUUCUGCCAAAAUUCUGUGUUUUCCAACUUGUUUAUUUCUCGCCCGCAGUCAUAAAAAGCUGCCAGAAUAACGUUUAACCAGCGCAGUCGGCCUCAGGGAGCGUCUGUGUGCACUUGUUUCUCUGAAUGUUCUCAAAACGUCCACGUCACAUUUCAUGAACAUUUUAUAUAACGUUUGUUGUUUUUGUUUCUCAUUUUGUAUCAUAAUGAGUAUAAGCCAUUAAAACUUGGUGUAAUUCAAAACAU